GAUUUAAUCGUCAUAUUUCGGAAUUCACUGGUUUUUCUGUCCGUCAAUCAGGCGGUGCUGGCUUUCUUCAGUCUUCAUUGGGUGGCGAGCUGAGGAGGCGGGUUAGGCGGUCGCCUGGACAUGGCAGAAGGCAGCGGCUGGCGGCCGCCGCGCCCCUGCGAGGCCUACCGCGCCGAGUGGAAGCUGUGCCGCAGCGCCGGGCACUUCCUGCACCACUACUACGUCCACGGGGAGCGGCCGGCCUGCGAGCAGUGGCGGCGCGACCUGGACAGCUGCCGCGACUGGGAGGAGCGCCGGAGCGCCAAGGCCCAGGCCCCGGGGGCUCUGCAGAGGACUGCCGGCGUCCCUCCCCUCCUUGUGCUUUCCUUCUUUGGGGGAAAUACCAAACAGUAUACUGACGGGACGUUGAGACGGCGUUAAGGACAACGAGGGAGACAGGCGAGGGAGGGGCUUGUAGAGUGGUUUGGAGAGGGAGGGCCGACGUUCCAGUGUUAGGCUCCUCGGUUGGCCUACGGAGCAGGUGAUGUUUCUGAGUCCUGAAUGAGCAGGAGCCAGCCUUUGCAGCCUUCACCCAGCCCCGGGGACACGACGGAGGAACAGAAAGAAGGCCCAAGUGUCUGGAACAGAGGCGGAUAGUGGGCUGUAGAGGGGUAAGGGGUAAGGUUAGAGUUUAACCGAAAAGUGUGCUGGGAAGUAUAAUUUGAUUUAUAUCUUCAAAAGGUCAGCCUGGCUGCCAGGUUGUAGAGAGUAUAUUAUAGAGGGGCAGAGAGACCAGUAAGGAGGUGGUUGUUCAUUAUUUCAGCAGGUAUUUAUCAUGUUGGGUGCUCUUGGGGAUACAGGAGUGAUGAGAAUGGAGCCCCUGCCCUCCUGGCACCCACACUCUUUUCUAGAAUACAGUAGUGCCUUGGAGCUGUUGUGGGAGAGGAGUUCUGAGGGUGCAGUGCUCGUGGGGAGUGCCAGGGAACCUGAGCCAACAGGACUGGCUGAAGCGUCAGUGUUUUUUAAUGUAUGCGGUUAUUCUGAAACAGACAAACUGAUGUGGAAACCAAACUGCUGUGUAAAAGAAAAUAAGUCCAUAAUAAGUGAAAGUCAAAAACAUGGGAGAAAGCUUGCAGCCUGUAUGGCAAGAGGUUGAUAAUCUUUAUACACACACACACACACACACUCACACACACACACACACACUCUCUCACACGCUCACAUAUGCUCUUAUAUAUCAAUAAGAAAAAUGGAAAUGAUUCCAGAAUAGAAAAAUGGGCAAAGGGCACAAAGAAGCAGUUCAUUAAAAAAGAAAACUAAAUGGCCAAGAAUACAAGUUAAAACGAUGGGAAGAGUGGUUUUUACCCAGCAGAAAGUUAGAAGUGUUGAUAGGGGUUUGGAAAGUCCAGGGUACAUGUGCAGUGUUGGUGGAAGUGUCAGGUGUUGUUUAUCUAAAUGUCAAAUGCAUUCCUUUUGACCCCAAAGUUAUAAUUUUUUUUAAUUUUAUUUUUUAAAGAUGACUGGUAAGGGGAUCUUAACCCUUGGCUUGGUGUUGUCAGCACCACGCUCAGCCAGUGAGCGAACCAGCUUUCCCUAGAUAGGAUCCGAACCCAUGGCCUUGGUGUUAUCAGCACCGCACUCUCCCGAGUGAGCCACGGGCCAGCCCUCUAAAGUUUUUCUUCUAAACAUUUAUCCUGGGGAAGUAAUUGGAUAACAGUACACAUUAGUUAAAAGUUCAAUAUAUUCAUAGUGUCAUUGUUUAUGAUAGUGCAAAAACUGAAAGCAACCCAACUUUCCCUAAUAGACAUUUGACCACAUAACUUUUACCACAUAGUGGAAUACUGCAUAGCCAUUGAAAAGAGUAAGUAGUAAUCUGCCUGGGCAUGGAAAGAUACCUACAGUAUAUACUUUAGUGAAAAAAUCAGGAAGUAGACUAGCCAGCAGAAAAUUAGUCCAUCUUUAAGGAAAUAGGUGAUAGCUCUAAAUUUGGGCCUAAAAAGGUGUCAGGGAAGCUGUAAACUGCCACAUUAGGGAUGGAGGUCUGGGAUUCUUUCAUAUUCUACUUUGCAUUUCUGAUCACUUUUUAAACAAGGAAAAAAAUUUUUUAUUUGAGACAAUAGAGCAUGAACAAAGAUAGACAAGUAGACAGAUUAAAUGUUAAGAGGCCUGAAUAGCACCUGACAUUUACCAAGGGCCCACAACAGAGGUCAGCCCUGUUGUGAUACACUGCCCUGUGUCUGUUUUGGGGGACAGUGGCCAAGAGAAGCUGCUGGAUUGAGUGGCACCUGUUGCGCACAGCCCAAUUCCAGUAUUCUAUUGUCUGACUCCUGCCCUUCCAAGGCACCCUCUCUUGCCUCAUCUUCCUAUCUUCUGACCAUGCUGCUCCCUGUAGCUGUCCACAGCUGCUCUUUCAAACUCUUGUCUCUCCUCUCCACUCAGCCCUCCCAGCCUCAUUCUCAGCAGUUGAACCUGCUCCAGGCUCAGUAGGUCAACCGAAGCCAUCCAACCCUGAGGACCAGGAGAUGAUGUUUUAAAAUUCCUCAGAUUAUGGUAUCUACCCAGUAGUUUUUCACAGUAGAUUUUGAGAAAGAAUGAUCUAGAUCUGUGUGUGCUGAUAUGGAAUAAUCAUCAGGUAUAUUAGGUGAAAACAGCUGAGCUGAGCUGCGCAGCGGUGCGUAUUGAACACUCUCAUUUGUCCAUCUGUGUUUGGAAGGGGGUGGUCCUGAGGGAGGGAGGUACAGGGGCCAUGUGAGGGUGCUCCAGGCCCUGAGGCCCAGCUGUGAGGUGGGAAGUGACCAGAGUCUCAUU